AGAGGUGUGGUUUACAAUAGGUGGCGGGAGAUGGAAACAUUUUGGCUGUUAUGGAAAUACAGGAAAUCAGUUCUAACAAUAUUAUGUUAAAGGUGACUGCCUUCCGAACUAUUUUUAAAUAGCUUUUUUCCUGCACCGCUGUGGGCUAUUGGAAUGCAUUUAUUGUACAGACAUUCGAAAACGACGUUUUUUUCCCUACAAGUUAUGGAAUAUUUUAUGCACGAUAUUGUAAGGCUGCUAACGACAAUAACAAGCUUCGUAGCUCUGCCGAUGUAUGGAUGAACUGCUAAUGUUGCCAAAAGGUGGACACAGUCGAAAGCCAGCAAGCUAGAACGCUGCGUAUCAACGUAUUUAUGUAGUUAUAUAUAUGCAUGUUUUUAAGAAACAGCUAUGGCUCCUGUGAAAAUAAAGGACAUCGUUUCAUUCACUUCUCAGGACCAGAAGAACUGCGUGGAGAAUCUGUGCGCGACCGGGCAGUGCGCGAGACCGUGGCUGUGCAGCCCACGGGAUCGUAGCGGCGUUCUGAAGGCAGAGCUGCAGAUGGAGCGCGCCACGGCCAUCAGCUACGUUGACGUGGGUAACUGUGGGUCCGCCUUUAUACAAAUAGAUGUAGGACGCUCCUCGUGGCCUCUGGAACGACCCUACGUCACACUGUUGCCCACAGCAACCCUGAUGAGUCCGGCCGACUCCAAACAGGAAAAGGGGCGAACGGGCGUUCGAAUGUUCAAGAAAGAAGACUUCCUGCCUGCGGGGGUGGACGAGCUCUGGGACCGGGUUCGAGUGACCUGCAGUCAGCCCUUCAACAGGCGCACUCAGUUCGGCCUCUCCUUCCUGCGCAUCCGCAGCCUGGAGGAGGAGGGCGGGGCUACUGAGGAGGGGCGUGGCCAGGGAUCACAAGGCCAGCGGACGCCAGAACAACAGACGUCGAGAGUGAGAGAGUGGCUGUCCAGCCCCGCGGUUCAAAGGACGUUCUUUGGACGGGGAACAGGGGAAGGGUCCCCAGGGGUCGACCAGACAAGCGGGACCCCGGGGGGCAGUGGGCGGGACAGGGCGGGGCUUAGCCGCGCGGCUCGCAUGGUCAUCACCGCGGCCCAGUCUGGAAGGCGGGGCUUACUGCCUGCCCUCCCUAGCUCCGCCUCCCCUCCUAGCCCCGCCUCCCCCUCCAGCGUCCAGAGACGCACCACAGCAGUCUGUUGUGACAGAACACAAGACACCUGUACAGAGGAAAAGGCCAGCACGAGAAAUUCCACCGGCGUUCACCAUAAAAAGGCUGGCAGGCAGGUGAAGAGGAAGCUGGACUCUAGAAAGAGGCCACAGGCCCACACCGCCCCCUGCAGGAAGAAACCCAAAACUGCACCCUGUGAGCAGUCUCUCGGCAUCAGUCUUCCCUGCUCAACAGCGCCCCCUGGGGGCUCGGAGGCCCCUGAAACCUGCUGCCCCUUAUGUGGAGGAUACUUCAGUCCAGAAUAUUUGCCCCAGCACGCUUCCUUCUGCCAGGGGGAGGAGCCAGACCAGGGGAUGAGCUUCACGCCCCCCAAUAGCCCCGCCCACACCGGUGGCCCCGCCCCCCGCGUAGAGCAGGACAUGGUGCCCUGCCCCCUGUGCUCCUUCAGGUUCCCCACCUCUCAGAUCCAGCUGCAUGCCAGCAGCUGUGGGGAUCCCCUGGAGCCUGAAUGGGCCUGGGUGGACUGACCCCUGACCCAUGACCCCUGACCCAUGAACUUUCACCACUCUC